AUGACGGGCAAUGCCGGGGACUGGUGCCCCACGGAAAGUGACCCCGGGGUUUUCACCGAGCUCAUUAAGGGAUUCGGUUGCCGAGGAGCCCAAGUAGAAGAAAUAUGGAGUUUAAAGCCUGAGAAUUUUGAAAAAUUAAAGCCUGUUCACGGGUUGAUUUUCCUCUUCAAGUGGCAGCCAGGAGAAGAACCAGCGGGCUCUGUGGUUCAGGACCCCAGGCUUGACACGAUAUUUUUUGCCCUGCAGGUAAUUAAUAGUGCUUGUGCUACACAAGCCAUAGUAAGUGUGCUGUUGAACUGCACUAAUCAAGAUGUCCAUUCAGGAGAGACAUUGUCAGAGUUUAAAGAAUUUUCACAAAGCUUUGAUGCAGCUAGGAAAGGUUUGCCACUGAGCAAUUCGGACGUGAUCCGGCAAGUCCACAACAGCUUCGCCAGGCAGCGGAUGUUUGAAUUCGACGCGAAGACAUCGGCCAAAGAAGAUGCUUUUCACUUUGUCAGUUACGUUCCUGUUAACCGAAGGCUCUACGAGCUGGACGGAUUAGGAGAAGGACCCAUUGACCUAGGUGCGUGCAAUCAAGACAACUGGAUCAGCGCCGUGAGGCCCGUCGUCGAGAAAAGGAUACAAAAGUACAGUGAAGGUGAAAUUCGAUUUAACUUAAUGGCCAUCGUGUCCGACAGAAAAGUGAGAUACGAACAGAAGAUAGCAGAGUUACAGAGACAACUCGCUGAGGAGGAACCCAUGGAUACAGAUCAGGGUAGUAUGUCAAGUGCUAUUCAAUCAGAGGUUGCCAAGAACAAGAUGCUCAUUGAAGAAGUACAGAAACUAAAAAGAUAUAAGAUUGAAAAUAUCAGAAAGAAGCAUAAUUGCCUGCCUUUCAUUAUGGAAUUGUUGAAUACGUUAGCAGAACACCAGCAGUUAAUACCACUAGUAGAAAAGGCAAAAGAAAAACAGAAUGCAAAGAAAGCACAAGAAACCAAAUGAAGAAGAUG